CGGUGUUGACACUUCCGGGUGGGACCGAAGCGAGGCGGCUGGGCAGGGGCUCGCGCCUCCGCGGCAGCCAUGGCGUACAACGGCCUCACGGUGCCUCUCAUCGUGAUGAGCGUGUUCUGGGGCUUCGUCGGCUUCUGCGUGCCCUGGUUUAUCCCUAAGGGUCCCAACCGGGGAGUUAUCAUCACCAUGUUGGUAACCUGUUCAGUUUGCUGCUAUCUCUUUUGGCUGAUUGCAAUUCUGGCCCAACUCAACCCUCUCUUUGGACCACAGUUGAAAAAUGAAACCAUCUGGUACCUCAAGUAUCAUUGGCCUUGAGGAGGAAGACCUGCUCUCCAGCACUCAGUCAUUGAGGUCACGAAGAGAAUUCCUCUAGAUGCAAAAUCAACUCCAAACCCAGACCGCCUUCUUUGACUUGCCUAUUUUGGCCAUCAGCUGCCUUAAACAUUCACACCAUAUUUGAAUAUCUUAUUCUACAGUGCAGUAUUUUUUCCUGUUGCCUUUUUUACAUUUUGAUGAAUUAUGUGCCUACUUAACCUAAACUGUGCUGACUCCAUAAAAUGUUUAUGCACUCUUCUGAGAUAGAGGGUGCUAUUCUUCUGAGAAAUACAUUGCUCUCUCCUUGGAACCUGUGAAUUUGAAGAUGACUCCUGCCUGGUCACAACAUGGGAAUCAGCAAAGUGUUUAAAAACUGUCACAAGACAAGGCAGUCAGUAGGAGAGCAUGUUCAGAGGGAAUAUCUGUCCCAACAGAAUUACACCAAAGUAUAUUUUCAGGAUGACUUUCUUAUUUCUGCCAUCUAUCAGAAUAAAUUAUUUUUCAGCUUUCUGUGGAAA